AUGAAAACAACCAGUACAGCCAUGAGAAUACCAUGGAAGGUGGUAUCUUGCAUUGUAUUAGUGUUGUUUUGCUUUAACGUUCAAACAUGCAAGGCUCAGGAUUACGAGGAUAGCACCACGCCGGCGGCGCCACCGCCGGAACAAGAAACCUGUGACGGUAUCUUCGUCUCGUACACCUUUUUAGAGAGAGAAAAAGAAUUCCCGCACGUCAAGAACGCGUCUGCGCAAUCAUGGGCGUUCAGCUCCAUGGCGACGGUGUUGAACGCCGGAGCUUAUGAGCUGAAGUCAUGGCAGAUAUACGUAGGGUUUCAGCACAAUGAGAUAUUGGUGUCUGCCGACGGGGCGGUCAUUGUUGGAGGCGAUGAUCUUCCGGCUCCUGUCGGGAAUGGAACCCACCUUGCCGGGUAUCCACAGUCGGAUUUGAAGACGGCCAUUGAUACGGCUGGUGAUGUGAAUCAAAUGCAGGUGCAGGUGAAAAUGAAGGGGACGCAGUUUGGGGUGAAGCCGCCCGGCAUUCCGAUGCCAAAGACGAUAAAGCUUGUUAAUGAAGGGUAUAAGUGUCCAGCAACAAAACGUCACGCAAGCUACAUGUACGUCUGCUGUGUAAGGAAUCCAAAGUACAAACCCAAAGUCAUCAAAACAAAGUUCCUGCCACGCCAGUAUGGCGAUCUCUCUUUCACAUACGAUGUUCUUCAAGCUUAUGAAGGCAAGUAUCAAGCCCAAGUCACCAUAGACAACAUCAACCCCUUAGGUCGCCUUGAUCACUGGAACUUGACAUGGGAGUGGAUGAGAAAUGAAUUCAUCAACACCAUGAAAGGAGCUUACACCCACAAAAAAGACCCUUCUGAAUGUCUCUACGGCCCGGCCGGACAGUACUACCAGGACUUUGAUUUCUCUACUGUCAUGAACUGUGAGAAAAGGCCGAUCAUCUCCGACCUGCCGGCCGAGAGAAAAGAUGAUGAAAAGGUUGGGAAGUUGCCUUAUUGUUGCAGGAAUGGGACUCUUUUACCAACCACCAUGAAUGAGACCAAGGCGAGAUCAAUAUUUCAGUUGGAGGUGUUUAAACUUCCACCUGAUAUGAAUAGAACUGCUCUUUACCCACCUCAGAACUGGAAAAUCAAUGGUGUUCUUAAUCCGAAUUACAAAUGUGGUGCUCCUAUAAGGGUUGAUCCUACUGAAUUUCCAGACCCAAGUGGGCUUGCUUCGACAAGUAAUGCCAUUGCAAGUUGGCAAGUGACCUGCAACAUUACUCGUCCUAAGGCCAAACAGGCAAGAUGCUGUGUCUCCUUCUCGGCUUACUACGCUGCGUCUGUCGUGCCUUGCCCAACUUGUGCUUGUGGAUGUGAAAACACUGAACAUUGUAACCCGAACGCGCGGGCAAUGCCUCUCCCAUCGGAGGCUCUUCUCGUGCCUUUCGCCAACAGAACCGAGAAGGCCAAGGCCUGGGCUAAGAUCAAGCACCAUGAAGUUCCUAAUCCUUUGCCUUGUCCGGACAAUUGUGGGGUUAGCAUCAAUUGGCACGUUGACACUGAUUACAAAACAGGGUGGACAGCUCGAAUCACCCUCUUCAACUGGGACGAUUUCGCUUUUGAAGAUUGGUUCACAGCAAUUCAGAUGAAGAAAGCUUAUCCUGGUUAUGAAAAUGUCUACUCAUUCAAUGGCACAAAGCUUCCUCAACUCAAUAACACCAUUUUCAUGCAAGGUUUGCCUGGUUUGAAUUUCUUGGUGGGAGAGGUAAAUGGGACUCAUCCUGACACUGAUCCAAGAGUGCCUGGAAAGCAACAAUCAGUGAUUUCGUUCCUGAAGAAACACACCCCUGGAAUUAAUGUAGCACAAGGUGAUGGAUUUCCAACAAAAGUGAUCUUCAAUGGCGAAGAGUGUGCUCUUCCCACAGAGUUUCCGAAAAGAAGUGGAGGGCAUCGUUCUCGUGUCGGGUUCUUGCCAGCGCUUCUCCUUGCAAUCCUGAGUUUUGUGCUAAUGGCAGAUUUCUUCCAUUGA